AUGAGCAGACUCGUAUAUGUCUGUGUGCUGUAUUGCUUUGCUCUGGGGGACACUCAGUCACCCACAGCAAGGGGAUGCCAGCGUGCUGAUGGCUCUUCUGCUGCCCCUGGAGAAGUGUGCAUCUCCAGCCACGGGUGUGGAGACAGCUGUGAUGACAAACCAGGUUCCUCCUGGAACAGCUGUGAUUUUGAAACCAGUCUGUGCAAAGUUCUUCCUGAAUUCAAUUUGCAGCCUGGCUGGAUAAGAAGAAAUGGUCGAUCUGGCAUGGGACCACCAUACUCUGACCACAAUGGGAAUGAGAGUGCUUAUUUCCUCUCAUUGUCCUCUGAAAUGCAAUCCUCUUCUGCAGCUUUAAGGACAAGUGUUUUCCUUCCAACUGAUGAAGAACACAUUUGCCAGGUUAGAUUUCAUUAUUGGGUCAGUCAAAUGAGUGGAACACUUAUGGUGGGGCUUCAAAAGCACUCUGAAGAUACUGUGACAAACAUUUGGCAAGUUUCAGGAGAACUACGAGAUCAGUGGAACGUAAAUACCAUUACAAUCAAUAGCACUGAAAAGUAUGAGGUUAUCUUUUCAGGGAUGGUGGAGACCCAGAGACAAGGUGACAGUGUUGCCAUUGAUGAUAUUACCUUUAGUGAAGGAUGUUUUAUAGCACGUGCACCAGAGAUUUCCAUUUUUGAGCUUGGCAUAUGUGAGUGGCACUCAGAGCAGCCAGCUGAGCCUGCUCAGUGGGCACGGCUGCAAGAGCACAAGAUUGCCUCCUGCUCCCUCCUGAAGGAUUUGAGCAACAAUACUGAAGGCCAUUUUGAGUGGUUAGAAGCUAAUUACAAUGCAUUAUAUGAAAAGGCCCAUCUAAACAGCACCACAUGUCAUUGUUCCAGCAAGAAUUGCCAUUUUCACUUUCACUACUCCAUGGCAGACAGCAGUGAUCUCAAGGCAGUACUGCUUGUGAAUCAGGAGGAGCACAUCUUAUGGGAAACCAGCAUCUUGACUAAGAAGGAAUGGGUCAAAAUGAAUAUACAGCUACCAAUAGGGGUAGAAAAUAUAAAGCUUGUGUUUAGAGGAGCGCUCCAGAGCAGGGCAGGCUUCAUCUGCCUGAAUAGCAUCCAGCUCCUGGAUGCUGCUCCAUCAGAGCUGCCAGGCCUCUGCUCCCUGCAAGAACCCACCUGCAGGGAUGGGCAGCCCAUGGUGCCUGGACCAGCCUGUGACUCCCACCCAAACUGCCCUGAUGGCAGCGAUGAGGACCCAGCCACCUGCUCUAAUUACACCUUAUGUGAUUUUGAGGCUGACCUUUGUGGAUGGAAGCCACUGAGCAAAGGUGAUGCUGACUGGAACAUAAAGAAAGAACAGGCUCCCCUUGACAGAGAACUCCCUGGCACAGGUCAUGCAAAUAAUAUGGGGCAUGGAGCAUUCAUUUACUUCAGUGGAUCACAUGAGAGGAGCACAGAGAUGGCCAUGUCUCACCUGGGAAGCCCUUUCCUUGUCAGGCUCACCCCUGGGCUCUCCUGCUGCCAGGUAAGAUUUUGGUACUGGUUAUCUCAGGAUUCCCAGCUUUCUGUCUUUAAGAGGACUGCAUUAAAUGGAAGUUUGGAAAAAUUACAUGACAUUUCAGGUUUGGCUGAGAUGAAUUGGACAAAAGUGACUAUACCUGUAGAAAGUGUGGCUGAGGAAUUACCUUUUCAGAUUAUCCUGCGAGGUACUACUCUAGCAGCAAAUGCUACUGUUGCUAUUGAUGAUAUCAGUAUAACAGAAGAAUGUGUAGUUGUGAAUAGAUCACUUCCAGGAGUCAGCCAGGAAAGUGAAGGGGAAACAGAAUCUGCAGAUGCCAAUGCUUCAUCUUUUUACUGCCCAGCGGGAUUUUUUUCAUGUAGGGAUGGGCAAUGUAUUUCACCUGAAAAAUUUUGUGAUUUUAAGCCUGACUGCCCAAAUAACCACGAUGAAAGCAAAUGCCCUGCUGUGUGUGACUUUGAGAGAGAGAGCUGUGGCUGGAUUGAAACUGUAAAUGGAGAUGAGUUUGACUGGGUGAGAAGUUCCAGCAAUGCUCUUCCAUCUGCAUUUCAGAAGCAAGCUCCUCCACAGGAUCACACCUACAAUAAACCUGAAGGUCAUUUUAUGUUCAUUCUGAAGACCAGCAACAGCAUUUCACAAAUAGCUCGGCUACGAAGCCCAAAGUUCAGGCAAACAGGAACAAAUUGCACACUGUCCUUUUGGUACUACAAUUAUGGAGAGUCCGUGGGGGCAGCAGAGCUGCAGUUGCUUGUGGAAGGGCUGAAACAGCCUACUGUCCUUUGGAGGACUUACUACAGCGAGGGAAAUCAGUGGCUGAAGGCAGUCAUUCAGCUUGGACGCCUUCCAUACCGCUUCCAGUUUUCACUUGAGAAAAUCAGUCUGGGCUUUUAUGAGGGUGUCUCAGCAAUUGAUGAUAUUGCAUUUGAAAACUGUGCUCUCCCGCCUCCAGCAUUAAGUUGCGAAGGUCCAAAUCGCUUCUGGUGCAGAGACACAAAAGCAUGUAUUGACAGUCUAUUGGUCUGUGAUCUCGUGGAUGACUGUGGUGAUGGGUCGGAUGAAGACAGCUGUGACCCUGACCUACAGUGUGACUUUGAAAACGGGCUGUGCAGCUGGGAGCAGGAUGUAGAGGAUGACUUUGACUGGAUCAGAAUACGGGGCCCGACCCCCACAGUCAACACAGGCCCACUAAAGGACCACACCACAGGCACGGCCAGGGGACACUACCUUUACCUGGAAUCCUCUGAGCCACGCCAGUUCCUGGAUAAAGCAGUUUUGCUUAGUCCUCUCUUCAACCCUGCUGGCAACGGAACCUGUGUUUUCCGCUUUCAUUAUCAUAUGUUUGGAAAACAAGUUUAUAAGCUGUCAGUUUUCCAAAGGACUGUGAGCAAUACUAAGGGAUGGCUGUUGUGGUACAAGUUUGGAAAUCAAGAAAACAGAUGGAUCAGGCAGGCACUCUUCAUCAGGAGUUCUAAGCCAUUUCAGAUUUUGGUGAAAGGUACCGUAGGAGAUGGUUUCACUGGAGACAUUGGACUUGAUGAUGUCUCUUUUCUGGGCUGCACUCUUUACAAUGGAAACUUGCCCACUGUUUCUACAACUACUUCAGGAACUUCAGCUCCUGCCACGCUCCCCAUGAACAGCUGCACAGAGAAGGAGUUUGUCUGUCGAGCCUCUGGCCACUGCAUCCAGAUGAUCCAGAAGUGUGAUUUUAGACCUGACUGCUCUGAUAAGUCUGAUGAAUCAGCUUGUGCAAUGGAAGUCUGUGACUUUGAAGAGAAAGACCUGUGUGGAUGGCAUCAACCAGCCUUGGAAGAGAUGUCAGAAAAUUAUUCCACACUUACCACAAAGACAUUCAAGUGGCAACUUGGAAGAGGAGCAAAUCUCUAUCCCGAGCAAGAAGAACACUGCCCAUUAACUGAUCAUACUACGUGCACUGAAGAAGGCUGGUAUCUCUUUGCAGACAGCUCAAAUGGAGAAUUUGGUCACACAGCUGACAUUGCUACCCCAGUCAUUUCCCUUACAGGGCCCAGAUGCAAAAUCAUUUUCUGGAACCACAUGAAUGGUUCAACAAUAGGUUCUCUGGAGGUACUCUCUAAAAGCAGUAACAAGACUUCUAAACUGUGGACUCAAAGUGGCAGCCAAGGUCCCCAGUGGAACAGAGCAGAAGUGUUUUUAGGAAUUCGUUCAGAUUUUCAGGUUAUUUUCAGGGCAAAACGUGGUGUCAGUUACAUGGGAGACGUGGCAGUGGAUGAUAUUACCUUUGAAGAUUGUUCCCCUCUGCUUAUCUCAGACAAACCUUGCACAUCAGAGGAAUUCAUGUGUGCCAACAAGUACUGCAUCCCAAAGAAUAAUCUGUGUGAUUUUGUAAAUGACUGUGAAGACAACUCAGAUGAAAGCCCUAGUAUUUGCAGUACAUCUAUUGGGCGUUGCAAUUUUGAGUUUGACCUUUGUGGAUGGAAGCAAGAUGAAAAUGAUGAUUUCGACUGGCACCUCAGAACUAGCAGUACUACAAAACUGGGCACGGGACCAGCUACUGAUCAUACACUGCAAGAGCCAUCUGGUCAUUAUAUUUUUAUAAAGAGUUCAUUUUUUCAGCUACCAGGACAAAAAGCCAGGAUUUCUAGUCCUGUCUUAAGCAGAAAGAAUAAAAACUGCGAGAUUAUUUUCUACUAUCAUAUGUAUGGAGCUCACAUUGGAUCAUUGCUUAUCUACCAGAGAACUACACUGAGACAUGAAAAACUCCUCCUUAAUCUUACUGGAAACCAGGGAAAUUUCUGGCAGCGCAAGGCACUGACCCUGUCUGGAGAUGGGGAUGAAGAUUUUCAGGUUGUCUUUGAAGGGAUGGCUGGAGGAGGUCCCAAUGAUGGCAUAGCACUUGAUGACCUCACGUUUUCCAGGCAGUGCUUGCCAUCCCAGGAGUUUUCACCAGCAGAACCCACAAAGCCACCUCCAAUAGGCUCCUGCUCACAUGGCCACAGGCAGUGCCAGAAUGGCAAGUGUUACAGACCAGAACAAAGCUGUGAUUUUGAAGACAACUGCGGGGAUAAUACAGACGAGAGUGAAUGCGGGACUUCCUGCACCUUUGAGAGUGGCAGAUGUGGCUGGCAGAACUCCCCGGCUGACAGCUUUAACUGGGUGCUAGGGGUCAGCUCGCCUCAAAGCCUUAGACCUCCCAAGGACCACACGCUUGGAAAUAGAACUGGACAUUUCCUGUAUCUUGAGGCCACUGCAAUAAGCCUAAUAAAUGAAAAAGCCCAUGUGAAGAGUUCCAUAUGGAAAGAAUCAAGUGGGACAUGUGUGAUGAGUUUCUGGUACUUCAAGUCAUCAAAAGCCAUGGGACACAUUCAGGUUCUGAUUAAGACUGCUGAUGGGAUUGUGAAAAUAUGGAGUGAAUCAGGAGCUCAUGGUGACGAGUGGAACGAAGUCAAGUUGCACUUGGGGAAGCUAAGGAAUUUUGAAAUUAUCUUUGAAGGCAUUCGUACCAGAGACCUGGGAGGAGGAGCAGCAAUAGAUGACAUAGAGUUCCACAACUGCACCACAGUUGGAGAGAAUCCCAGGGAAUGCCCUGCCCUCACUGAUUUUGUGUGUGGGAAUAAGAAUUGCAUAGAGUCUCAGUUCAUCUGCGACUAUAAACCAGACUGUGAAGACCUAUCAGAUGAAGCUGACUGCAGUUACUACACAAGUAUUCCUGGAAGCUGUAACUUUGAAACACCGGAUCAAGAGUGGACAGCUGCAUGUGGAUUAACACAAGACACUACUGAUGAUUUUGACUGGAAUAUUAGCAACAGUGCUGUCACAGGGCAAGCAGAUCCUCAUACUGACCACACACCAGGGAAAGGACAGAGUUUUUUGUAUGUCAACUCCUCUGCCCAAAAGGAGGGAAACAGGGCAAGGAUAACUACCAGCAAAUUCUUCCCAGCUAGUACUGGGGUCUGUAGAGUUCGCUUCUGGUUCUGGAUGUUUGCUUCUAGGCAAACAGGACUCUUAAAGGUAUACACAGUUGAAGAACAUGGAAUGGAAAUACUUAUGUGGUCUUCUAGCAGAAACGAAGAAAACAAAUGGAUGUAUGGAAGUGCAGUUCUCUCCAGUAACAGCCGUUUCAGAGUUGCCUUUGAAGCUGAAGUGGGGUGGAGUCAACCCACAGAGUUUGCUCUUGAUGAUAUUUCUUUCACCCCAGAGUGCAUUGAUGGAGGAGCAGCAGGUCCGCAGCCUCCGGCGUGCCACAGUGGCGAGUUCCCGUGUGCGUACGUGCGGCAGUGCUUGUCCCUCGCUGCACGCUGCGACGGCCUGGAGGAUUGCAGGGAUGGAAGUGAUGAAAUGAACUGUCCCCUGGAGAUGCCCACCGCCACAUCUCCCGGCUCCUGCAAGGACACGGAGUUCCUGUGUCCUUCCCAAGGCUGUGUCCUGUCCCUCCUGCAGUGCGAUGGCGUGCCCGACUGCCGCCUCAGUGAGGAUGAAGCUGGCUGCCCCAUUAAAGAUUGUUCCAAUGGUUCUUUGUUAUGUGCUUCAACUAAUCAAUGCAUACCAUUCUCCCAGCGUUGUGAUGGAAUUGCAGACUGCAUUGAUUCCAGCCUUGAUGAGUCCGGCUGUUCAGCUUGUCCUGAAGAAUACUGCAAAAAUGGAGGAAAAUGCAUCAUCAAAGAUGACAUUCCAUUAUGCCAAUGUGGAAAAGGAUGGAAAGGAAACCGUUGCCACAUAAGUGCUAAGCCUCUUCAGCCUCCAAAUUUCCGACAAAAUGAUAUUUGGAUUGGACUGGGUAUUGGUUUCUUACUGAUGAAAAUUGCAGCUGCUGCCUUGUAUUUUCUUUUGAAGAAGAAAGUGCCAGAAAUGAAAGUGCAGGAAACUGCUAUUUCUUCAUUUGCCAAUCCAUUGUACAAAGACCUUAGUUCAUCCAGGCAAGUAAAGUCUCCUGGGUAUGCCACCUCAUCUGCUGUUCAAAUCAGUGUUUCUCCAUGGCAUGAGCAUCCAUUUAACGAAAAUGUGAAUGCUACUUCUUUUCUGAAUCCUCUCUAUGGUGUAGCAGCAGAAGACAUGGAGAAAUUAUGUAGCUCCUUGAAAACAUAA